UACAGAUCGAAUCGAAUCUUUAAUUACCUUAUCAUCAAUAAAAAUAACAUAAUGAACAGUUGUUUAUUUCUUAAUUCUAACGUUAAAGAAGCGUAUGUUCGCCAUUCUCGUUUCACUUUUUCCUGUGACUUCUCUCCCUCCCACCAUCUCUUUUUGCUGUCUCUCUGAUCAUGGCAUCCUCUGCAUCUAACGAAGUGAAAUUUGUGCCGGAAGAGGAUAAUUUCUUGCAGAGACAUGUGGCCUUCUUUGACCGGAACAAAGAUGGCAUCGUUUAUCCCUCCGAGACAUAUCAGGGGUUUAGAGCAAUCGGAUGUGGAUAUCUCUUGUCGGCUUUUGCUUCUCUUUUCAUCAACAUGGGUCUAAGCAGCAAAACUCGUCCGGGAAAAGGUUUCUCCUUCUCAUUUCCAAUAGAGGUUAAGAAUAUCCACCUUGCCAAACAUGGCAGUGAUUCAGGCGUUUACGAUAAGGAUGGGAGGUUUGUGGCAUCGAAGUUCGAAGAGAUAUUCGCAAAGCAUUCAAAGACACAUCCCGAUGCAUUGACGGGAGAGGAACUUAAACAACUCCUCAACGCAAACAAAGAGCCUAAUGAUCGUAAAGGAGCGAUUGCUGGAUAUACGGAGUGGAAGAUGUUGCAUUUUUUGUGUAAAGACAAGAACGGUCUGUUGCACAAAGAGACAGUGAGAGCCGCUUACGAUGGUUCUCUUUUCGAACAACUUGAGAAACAAACAGCUUCUAGGAAGAAUCCAUAAACAAACUCGUGCAUGCGUGAAUCUGUUUUAUUUGUUAAAAAAAUUUACUACAAUAUGUGAACAAUGGCGUAAAGAUUGCAAUGGGUUUGAUUUUGCUAAAACUAAAUUAUACCAAACUGAUACUAAUAAAAUACUUGAAAGA